CUUCGUCAGCCAUGAGAAACCAGCUGCUGCUCAUCUCUUCCUUUACCCUUCUCUCCCUCGUCUCUGUCUUCGCUCACUCCCUUGCAACGCCUCGUUCCACCAUGGAAGUCGGCUCGUCCUUCUCGGUGGAGGACGAGAAGGCAACCACUCUGAUCACCUCAUUGGACGGCACCUUCUCUUGUGGAUUCCACGCGGUAGGCAUCAAUGCGUAUUGCUUCUCCAUCUGGUUCACCUAUUCCAAAGACGCCACCGUCGUCUGGUCCGCCAACCGGGACUCUCCGGUGAAUGGCCGUGGCUCCAGAGUUUCUCUGCGCCGAGACGGGAAACUGGUGCUUUCCGACGUCGAUGGAUCCAAGGUGUGGGACACCAACACCAGCUCCGUCGGGGUUUCGUCAGCCGAGCUCCUCAACUCCGGCAACCUGGUGUUGAAGGACCGAGAUGGCCGUAUCCACUGGCAAAGCUUCGACUCGCCCACCCACACCUUGCUUCCUGCACAGCAGCUAACCAAAGUAAAGCGGCUCGUGUCGCCGGUCGCCAAAGACGAUCCCCGCUCCGGCUACUACAGCCUCUACUUCGACAACGAUAACGUCCUAAAGCUUAUAUACGACGGACCGGAGAUUUCCAGCAUCUAUUGGCCAAGCCCGGAUUACACUGUGUUCGGAAACGGGAGAUCAAGCUAUAACAGCUCCAGAAUCGCAGUUCUAGAUUCCACAGGCCGAUUCCUGUCGAGCGAUAACCUCAACUUCAACGCCUCUGACUUAGGCCUCGGCAUCAAAAGGAGGCUGACAGUGGAUUACGAUGGUAAUCUCAGACUCUACAGCUUGAAUAGGUCAAACGGGUUGUGGUCCGUCUCCUGGGUCGCUCUCCGGCAGAUCUGCUCCGUGCAUGGCCUCUGCGGCAAGAACGCGAUCUGCGAGUACUUGCCUUCUGUCAGCCAGUGUUCCUGUCCUCCGGGAUACGAGAUGAACGAUCCCCGCGACUGGAACAAAGGCUGCAAGCCAAAGUUCAACAUGACUUGCGGCCACUACACCAAGCACCAGCUUCAUUUCAUAGAGCUCACGGGGGCUGACUUCUAUGGGUUCGAUAUGAGCACCUACACAACACUCAUCUCCUUCCAGGCCUGCAGGAGAUUGUGCAUGUCGACUUGCUCCUGCCUGGCAUUCGGCUACCAGAAAUCCGGCGAAAAUGCAAUAGGGUCCUGUUACCCAAAGAGCACACUGUUCAAUGGCUACAGAUCAACGUCAUUCCCGAGCAGCAUCUUCCUCAAAGUACCCAAGUCCGUAAAAUCCUCGUCCGGCUUCAACCAAUCCGGCCUUGCCUGCAAUCCCGUCAAUUCUAGUGUCGUUCUGGGCUCUUCGAAGAUGUAUGGAAACAACGGCGGCAACACCAAAUGGGUGUACCUCUACGCCUUUGCUGCAGCGCUUGGAGCAGUAGAGCUUGUCUUCAUCCUCACAGGUUGGUGGUGUAUCUUCAGGGGGCACGACACGCUCAAGUCAGUGCAGAAAGGGUACAAGUUGAUUGGCAGUCAGUUCAGGAGGUUCCCAUACCGUGAGCUCCGGGAGGCCACCGGAAAAUUCAAGGAGGAGCUGGGGAGGGGUGGGUCGGGGACCGUCUACAGGGGCGUUUUGGAUGACAAGAGGGUGGUGGCGGUGAAGAAGUUGACAGAUGUGAUGCAGGCAGAAGAAGAAUUCUGGGCCGAGGUAAACGUGAUCGGAAGGAUCAACCACAUGAAUUUGGUUAGGAUGUGGGGUUUCUGCUCCGAAGGCCGGCACAGGCUCCUGGUCUACGAGUACGUUCAGAAUCAGUCACUGGACAAGUACCUGUUCGCCGACGGCGACGGCGGCGGCGGCGGCGCCCUGUUACCCUGGAAUCACAGGUUCAAGAUCGCGGUGGGGACGGCGAGGGGACUGGCGUAUCUCCACCAUGAGUGCCUGGAGUGGGUCAUCCACUGCGACGUGAAGCCGGAAAACAUUCUCCUCGACCGCGAGUUCGAAGCAAAGAUCGCUGACUUUGGAUUGGCCAAGUUGUCGAAGCGGGACACCGCUGGCUUCAACGUCUCGCGGGUGCGAGGCACGAAGGGCUACAUGGCACCGGAGUGGGCGCUCAACUCCCCCAUCACCGCCAAGGUCGACGUGUACAGCUACGGCGUGGUGCUUCUCGAGUUACUGAAGGGGAGUCGGGUCUCCGACUGGGCAGCGGUGGACGGCGGGGAGCAGGACGUGAGGAGUCGUGUGGCGGUGCUGAAGGAGCAGCUCGAUGGCAAUGGCAGGUCGUGGGUGAGAGAGGUGGUGGAUCACAGAUUGAAUGGGGAGUUCAAUUACGCGCAGGCCGCGGCCAUGGUUAAGAUAGCCGUGUCUUGUUUGGAGGAAGAGCGCAGUAGAAGACCCACGAUGCAUGAGAUUGUCAAGAUUCUAUUGGCAUCUCUGGAGCAAGAUUCCUAUGAUCAACUGUAA